GUGCUCCUUGAUCUUAUCACCUGGGCAAGCUCGCAAUGCACUCCUACCACCUUGACUACAUGUCUAUGGCCAUGCGAACUUUUGCUGGUCGUACGCUGUUGGCCGUCGUCAUCUGGCUCGCCGCUAUCAACUGGGUUUUGGCGCAAACCUGCCGACAGGUUCCUAUGCGGGCCGUCCAAUCCUUUCAAUCCCGAUAUUGCGUCAAAGAAAAAGACAAGGCCGAGUUUUGUGCGCGAGGAUGCAGCCGUCGUAUCGCUGAUUACAUUUACCGCCUAGCAUGGAGCCUGCCAGAUGUAUGCUCCUACAACGAUCCCAAGUUUGAUUGGGACCUCCGUUUUCAGAAUUUCCGUGCGGUAGUCAGUACGCCCAUUCGUUCGGGCUCGUCAGGUGAACGUUGUUCGCGAGCACCUCGUCCGCGUGUCGUUUGCAUGUGUUCGGUAGACGUGAUGCUGCAGCGUAUCGUACCAGACCUUCCAGAGCAACAGCCACAGCAACCUGAACAGGCAGCAAUGGCCAACAACGAGCAGCAGUGUUCUGACGUAAGUAUUGCACAGCGCAUGAAUCCAUUUCAAUUUGUAUUUGAAAUUUGGUACAGGAACAUGGUGGAACAGGAAGCAGCUGAUCAUGGAGAACGUGUACAAGGCUAUCCCGCAACAGAUGCUCCACAGAUUCCACCAGACGAGCACAUCUGGGAAGUAACGCGAAUCAAUCCAUCUGCGAUUCUUCGAAUUCACGAACAUAUCUUGUGCGAUGCCAGCUUUUCCAGCUCAUUCGCAGAUGCGCUGAUAGACUCUGGUCCUGGCAGCUGCACAAUCAAACGUCCUAAUUUAACCAAUGGAGCCCAUGGUACCCUUGGCAUCCAGUGUUUUGGUGGGCCCGGUAUGAAUGUUAUCGUCGACCGGCUCAAACGGCUUUACGAGGCAGAUCCACGCGCUCGAAGCAGUGCACCUGUCACAGCAAACAAUUUUAUCCGUCUUCGAAAUCAACUUGUAUCGGUAGUCGGGGCACUCUGCCUUAAAAUAGGCCUUGGUCAGGACUUUGCUUCCGUGGUAGGUCGGCAAAUGGCCGAGGAUUUGGCGGGCGCUUCAAACCUUUCGCCGGGAGCCAUCGCUUAUAUUCAACAACAUCCAACACAGUAUUACCUUUAGUUUACCAUACCAAUGCUUUAAGAGUGAAAGUGUUUGAAUUGAAAUGAUGAACUUUACCUAUGCUAAAUUCAUGAUCGGAGAUGAGAGUAAGCACUUACUUGGCUGCGAGGCUCUGCUGCUUGCCUGCAGUAGGCCUCUGACAUUCGUCGAGCGGCUUUGUCUCCAAGGCUGCAAGAAUCAAGGAAGUCGAGUCGUCGGUGUGAUGUG